AAAAUAAAUUUCUUGCAAUUGAAGGUACCUUUAAUCUUGGGUGUGCUUCCUCUCUCUUUGGUUUCUUCUCCCGUCUAAUCGAUUAACCCACUUUCCCAACUUUCCUUUGGGUGUUUUCGUUUCGUCUACUGAGGUUCGAGAAACCCUAGAGACAAAGUACUGUCUUUGCUUUAAAUGGGUCGCGAAUCUAUGGCUGUUGAGUCCUCGCCGCCGUCAGCGACUGCUCCGGCAACUGCUGUUUCGGCGACUGCGCUUGCUCCUGGGUUCCGAUUUCACCCGACCGACGAGGAACUGGUGAGCUAUUACUUGAAGAGAAAGGUUCUCGGGAAACCGGUACGGUUCGAUGCGAUUGGGGAGGUUGAUAUCUACAAGCACGAGCCUUGGGACUUAGCAGUGUUUUCGAGGUUGAAGACAAGGGACCAAGAAUGGUACUUCUACAGCGCGUUAGAUAAGAAGUACGGAAACGGCGCUAGGAUGAACCGAGCAACUAACAAAGGCUACUGGAAAGCUACCGGUAAAGACAGAGAGAUCCGCCGUGACGUUCAGAUCCUCGGUAUGAAAAAGACUCUCGUUUUCCAUAGCGGUCGUGCCCCGGAUGGGCUCCGGACCAAUUGGGUCAUGCACGAGUAUCGCCUUGUGGACUAUGAAACCGAAAGCAAUGGGAACCUGGUGCAAGAUGCAUAUGUGUUGUGUAGAAUCUUUCACAAGAAUAACAUUGGGCCUCCAAGUGGGAACCGUUACGCGCCGUUCAUGGAAGAGGAGUGGUCUGAUGAUGGAGUAGCUCUGAUUCCAGGAGUAGACGUUAGGGUCAGGGCAGAGCCGCUACCGUUAGCCAAUGGAAACAACCAUAUGGGUCAGCCAGAAAGCAAGGACCUCAUUAACAUUAACGAGCCACCAAGAGAGACAACCCAAAUGGAUAUCGAAGUCAACCAUCAGAAUCAUCAAGAGAAUAACAACAACAAUAACCGUCAUGAUGAAGAAGCUGAGGAGGCACUCAAACGUGAGCAAGCAGAGGAAGAUGAGCAUCCUCCUCCUCCUCCUCCUCCUUCUGUAUGUGUUCUCAACAAAGAAGCUCCACUGCCUCUCCUCCAAUACAAACGCAGACGCCAAAACGAAUCAACCAGGACCGCACAGGACCACUGCUCGUCCACAACAACAACCGUCGACAACACACCAACAACCUUAGUCUCAUCAUCAACCGCUGCAGCUGCCACCAACACCGCCAUCUCUGCGUUGCUUGAGUUCUCACUCAUGGGUAUCUCCGACAAGAAAGAAAACCCGCCGCAACCUCCUCGCAAGGAAGCUUCUCCUCUUCCUGCUGCUGCUCCACUUCCAUCUCCUGAAGAGAAGCUGAAUGAUCUCCAGAAGGAGGUACACCAGAUGUCUGUUGAGAGAGAGACGUUCAAGCUUGAGAUGAUGAGUGCAGAGGCUAUGAUCAGUAUUCUCCAGUCCAGGAUCGAUGCAUUGCGUCAGGAGAACGAUGAGCUCAAGAAGAACAGCGCCAAUGGACACUAAAAUCAUCUUAUCUGUAGUCUCCCCUAAUAUUAUCAUGAGCUAUCUAUGUAACUUCUUCAGACAAACUCAGAACUGUCUGAGACUCUGUUGUAAAAUUAGGAUAAACUCUGUUUUUUUAUGGGAUGUUUAUGCAUUAACAUUUUCAGGUU